AUGAGUGAAUUCAUUAAACCUCCCUACAAUUUUUCCUGGCUUGUGGAAAAAGAGUUGGCCUGUAUGGCUUGGCCGCAGUCUGUUUACAACUUGGAGUUUUUACGAAAGGAGGGCAUAAGCCAUCUGGUCACCUUAUCACCCGAGAAAAUCCCCCCAAUUGUGGACUUCCCCCAAAUUGAAUGGACGAGGAUCGACAUCGAAGAGUUCGAAGCUCCGACCCUUGACGACAUCAUCAAGUUUAUUGAAAUAUGCGAAAAAUGCAAGAAAAAUGGUCAGGUGAGAGGAAAACAGCUGAUUUUUGCGCAAGGUGCUAAAAAUAGACGCUUCAUUGAGAGCUUAAUUUUUGAUCGUAUUAAAAAGUUGUUUAUUCAAGACGGCAUCAGCGAUAUAUAA